AUGGGCGAUACUCUCAAUAAUGGCGAAUACGCGAGAUCGUUGUCUGACAAUGACUCGGAGCUCGACAAGAAGAAGCGCAAGAAUCGUCGCCGCCGCGGCCGUCAGCCAAGAUUCCGUCCCUAUCCCACUCUGUCGCCCGAUGAAGACGUCGACACCGUUGAAGCUGUCGCCGACCGAUCAGAUCGCCGUCGUAGUGACAGGUUUGUUGAAUCCAAAGUUAAUCAUACAUUUUCAGUAUCUAGCCCGACUUUUUGUAAUGUAUGUAGCUCAAAAAUGAACGAAAAAUUUCAAGAAACUUAGUAAGACAUUGCUUUUAAGAAGGCGGUUGUGAAGAGCUCGACGCAAAUGGUCACUUCCCUGAGCCACUGGCUCUCGCUGAAUGAGGACCAAUUCGGGUGUCCUUGUAAUCAUUUUUUCUCCUUCGUUGUUGAACUCUUUGUGGAAUAUCACGUUGAUUUUUGCUUGUUUCGCACCUUUUCCCUAACGCCUUCCAUCCGUCUUAACCGAUGCUAUUCAGACAUGCCAAUGGAAAACCGAUGGCGCCGUUCAACACGACGCAAUUCCUGCUCGAAGACCUGGCCGCGAGGACCGAAGAAGGAGCUCAGGUUGGUUUCCCAAAGCGAAAAUGAGGAAAUAAAUUGAUUUCUUUGCAGGAUGACCUGAAUAAGCUGCCGAACCGACAGCGGUCAAUUAGCGUGGGCAACGAACAAAUCUCCGUGCAUUCCUACUCGGAUCAGGGGAGCUCGAGCGGCGAAAGCGACACCGACAAAGGUCUCGAUCAGGAUUUCGAGACCGAAUAUCUGUCCGUGAAGCGAGAGCGAAUGGACAACAUGACUAAGAGCGAGGUUGGUUGAUUUUCGAAAAUUUGUACCUUUUUUUCGACUUGUGAACAUUUUGAUAUAACUAAAAGCAUUAGAAAGUUGACAAAAUUAGUUUUUAGCCUUGGAUUUCGAAAGUUUCUAUUUUCGAGUUUCAUUCAAGUUUUUCUAUCCCUAUUUUUAUAAUUUGAUCAUUUUUGCCUGGAAAUUAGGAUUUAUUUGGUAUUCAGAAUAUUUUUCACUAAUAGAAGUACAUUUUUCAGCUGUGAAAUUCGAAAUUAAUCAAAAUUUUUAUUUUCGAAAAAAUUGUCCGCUUUUUCGGUUCGGUCAUUUUCGAAAUGGUAGAACGUGUAUUUUCACGUUUCGAAUAUUUUUUUUUAGGAAUCCUGAGUUUUUUUUUUCAUUGUUCUUUACAGUUGUCUGUUAUCUGUGGCAUAAAAUAAAAAAAAAGUAAUUUUGAAAAGGAUAUUUCACAGAUGAUAAAAGGAUUUACAGUAAAACUAUUACUUUGUUUCGAGUAAAUUCAUUUCGCUCAUAUUUGACUCGAAAUUUCAAUUAAAAGUUACUUCAGGCUGGAUUUUGAUAAUAAUUGACUUAUUUUUCAGUUGCAAGAAGAGUUGUUGGAACGCGAUCGCGACACGGAGACGCUGCACGACGAGUGCGAGAAGAUGCAUUCCGAAAAUCGGCACCUCAAGGAACUUUUGGCCGCCAACGGAAUCGCCUACGAAGAAGCGCAGCUUUCGCCGGCCGCCCAAAACGUUGCCGCCGUUUGA